GUACGCGGUAUUCGCUAUCGGGUGUCUGUUGAUGCCCCCAUUGAUAAGAUGGAUAGAGUUCAGAUCACAGAUCAAGUUCAUCUCAUUUGUCGGUGGUUUUGGCUACACAUUUUAUCUUUACGUCAAUACUACGACUCCAUCGGAGGACCCAGGUGCGGCUAGUUGGGUGAUAUACCUCAUCGGUGCCACUAUGGUGGGCUUGGGUGCUCCCUUGGUGUGGAUACCCACUCUGGAGAUGGUGUCGAGAUCAGCAUCAGAAAACCUCGGAAAACCAAAAGCUCAACAGUGCAUUGGCGAGGACGCCGACGAUGCAGCUGACAGGCUUUUACAAAAUACUAUCUGUGAAGGAACGAACAUCUGA